AUGGGCGACAACCGGCGUGAUGAUUCUGUCUCGCCUAUGACCAGAAGUCCUAAGCCGACAAGGGUAGCCAUCGCUGGCUCUCCGGACCGUCCAGCGAGCCCACUGCCCUCGAUUCUCAAAUCAUCGCCGUUGGCAGGAAGCCCGAACAAUGUCGAGUCGACCACUGAAGCAAGGGACUACAUGAACGGCGGACUACCGCACCGACACCAGUCGCCCGUCGAUCCGCUCGGCCGACCGAUACCACCGGCUCUAUACGUUCCUUCGACGCUCAACAACUCGUCCGAUAUGAAUGACCGAACACCAGACCCGCCUUUUCUACAAGAGAAUGGAGGCAACUCGGAACCCACGUCGCCAGGUGGUGGGCGUCGCAGUGUUCAGUUUGCCAGGGCCGACGUUGUGCUGGAUGCGCCCCCCGCCCACACGCAUUCACGAAACACCUCCUGGGACGACCCUGCCAAGUCCCUUAGCUCGUCCCUGAUGAACAAAUUGAAGCAGUUUGCUGGCUCUAGCACACAGAUCCCUAGAUCGCCGAGCUCUGGCGCCCUAGGUGAGGCCGGAAGUCAAGCUCUGAACGCAUCUCCUACCGUUACCCGUGGUGGAUCAAGAAUACCUGGUACAUUGGCAGAAGAAGGUAGCGACAUUGAUGCCGAUGCAGAAGAAACUGCCGACGAGGGGGCUGUCUCCGACACAAUACAGAGCAGGCUAGGUCUUAGGAGACGCUUGAGCAUGCCGGACCCGCCAGAUCAUCAACACGGCUUGUCUGAAGGCGAAGGCCGUGAUCAGCUGACGACACCCUCGUGGAUGAGGGGCAACUCAUGGAUCGUAGGAUCAACGAGGUCCUUGCGCAAUGAAUCCCGCGACACGGGUGGUCCCUCUACGAGAGGACCGGGCCAUGUCCGCCGGAUCACAGUUCUUGGCGGUGGCGGCGCAUCUGACGGCGAUGCCAUGACGCCGCGACGUCCGUUCUUCAGCGGUGAGCGAGCAUCGACGUUCGGUGUGCAGAAGUGGAAGCAGGUGAAAAAUACUCUGAAGCUUCUUAGGCAGAAGAAAGAGGACCGGUUCGACUUUGCCAAGUCCGCUGAGCUCAUGGCUGAGCUUCGAGCUGGCGCGCCGGCGGCUCUCAUGCUCGCAAGCAUGAUUCAGCGAGAUGAGCACGGCAACAAGCGGAUACCUGUACUUCUUGAACAAUGGACGAUCAUCCGCACCAUCAAAGACGUCUACAAUCUCCAUGUGCGGUACAAGUUUGCCAUGAGCAACGACAAGUUUAUACACGGAAGAGCCGACAUUGGCUCGCGGCCAAAGCAACCGAAAUUCCCAUGGGCCGCGUUUCCUUACCUUCGUGGGGCGCGGACCAAAGACGAAUCGGAAGAAGACGACAUGGCUAGUGUUCGCGGUGAUGAUCCGGCCGAACAGACCCCUGGCGAGCGCACUGUUGACGAGACAGCCGACGAGACCGACGGCCGUCCACAGGGCGGCCGGAGAAAAAAGUCUAGGCUGGGCAUGCUUGGCAUGCGAAGGAGAUCAACCGGACUGACGGAUCCAGGCGAGACUUCUGCACUGGAGGGACAUGCGGAGAUGAUGCAGUCUCGACGACGUUAUGUCGAGAGGCAACGGCGGGUUCUCGAGAAAUACAUGCAAGACAUGGUCCGAUGGCUCAUGUUCCGUGCGGACAGCAACCGACUCUGCAAGUUCCUCGAGUUAUCUGCACUUGGCGUCCGCCUGGCUGCCGAGGGCAGCUACCAUGGAAAAGAGUGUUACCUUCACAUCCAAUCCUCCAAGGGUCUCGAUUUCAGACGAGUUUUGACUCCAGAAAAAGUCAUUGCUCGGCACAGCCGCAAAUGGUUCCUCGUUCGGUCCAGCUACAUCGUGUGCGUUGAGUCACCCGAGAACAUGCUCGUAUACGAUGUGUACUUAGUCGACGCCAAGUUCCGGAUCGCAUCCAAAAAGAGUUCGCUCAAGCACAUUGGCUCCAGCGGUACCAGGGAGAUUGAUCUGACGAAAGAGCCGCCACCUGACAAACACCAUACCCUGACGCUGCACACUUCUGAACGCAAAGUCAAGCUCUUCUCAAGAAAUCAGGCAGUGCUCAAGCAAUUUGAAGACUCCAUUGCCGAGAUGUUAAAGCAGACAAAGUGGCAUUCUGUCAAUCGUUUCGACAGCUUUGCGCCAGUAAGACAGGGCGUAUUCGCUCAAUGGCUUGUCGAUGGCCGAGACUACAUGUGGAACGUUUCGCGUGCCAUCAGUAUGGCGAGGGAUGUCAUUUACAUCCACGAUUGGUGGCUGAGCCCUGAGCUCUAUAUGCGAAGGCCGCCAGCCAUCAGUCAAAAAUGGCGUCUGGACCGGCUGCUGCAGCGCAAGGCUCGAGAAGGUGUCAAGGUAUUCGUCAUCGUGUACCGCAACGUCGAGGCCGCCAUUCCCAUUGACUCAGAGUAUACGAAACAUUCGUUGCUAAACCUGCAUCCGAAUAUCUUUGUCCAGCGAUCGCCGAACCAGUUCAAGAAGAACCAAUUCUUUUUUGCCCACCACGAGAAGCUUUGCGUUAUCGAUCACGAUAUUGCCUUUGUCGGUGGCAUUGAUCUCUGCUUUGGCCGGUGGGACUGUCCUCAACACCCAUGCGUAGACGAUAAGCCCACGGGCUUCGAGCAGAGCGAGCAGCCCAAGGAUGCGCUGCACUGCCAGCUGUUUCCUGGAAAAGACUACUCCAAUGCCCGCGUACAAGAUUUCUACAAGCUUAACGAACCUUAUGAAGAGAUGUACGACAGGGGCAAAAUCCCCAGAAUGCCUUGGCACGAUAUUGGCAUGCAGGUUGUAGGCCAGCCGGCGAGAGAUCUUACACGGCACUUUGUCCAGCGAUGGAACUACAUUCGCCGUGGCCGCACAACGACCCGUCCUCUGCCAUUCCUUCUGCCGCCGCCAGACGUCAAACCAGGCGAGAUGGAAGGCCUCGGCCUAACUGGCACAUGCGAAGUUCAGAUCCUGAGAUCUGCGUGCAACUGGUCACUCGGUAUUGAUGACCCGGAGCACAGCAUUCAGAAUGCCUAUAUCAAGAUGAUAGAGGAUUCAGACCACUUCGUAUACAUGGAGAACCAGUUCUUCAUCACCAGCACAGAGGUCAUGAACACCAAGAUUGUCAACCGCAUUGGCGACGCCCUGGUGGAGCGAAUUAUCCGCGCCUACAACAACGAAGAAGAUUGGAAGGCCUGCAUUGUCAUUCCGUUACUGCCAGGCUUCCAAAGCAGGGUCGACGAGCAAGAGGGCACUAGCGUUCGGUUGAUUCUGCAGUGUCAGUUUUACAGCAUCUGCCGUGGAGAAAAUUCCAUCUUUGGACGUCUUCGCGCGGCGGGCAUCGAACCCGAGGAUUACAUCCAGUUCUACAGCCUGCGUCAGUGGGGUAAGAUGGGCAGCGGUGAACUCGUCACGGAGCAGCUCUACAUUCACGCGAAGUGUAUCAUUGUGGACGACCGUGUGGCUCUCAUCGGGUCUGCCAACAUUAACGAGCGAUCUUUGCGAGGCGACCGCGACUCCGAGUUGGCAGCCAUUGUCCGUGACACAGACAUGAUCUGGUCCACGAUGGGCGGCAAGCCCUACCGCGUCGGCCGAUUCGCGCAUACGCUUCGUCUGCGUUUGAUGCGUGAGCAUCUUGGUCUCGAUGUCGACGAGAUUCUCGAGGAAGAGAGGCAGGCAGAGCUUGACAAGGAGGAGGAAAUGGCGGCACAGAUGGACGAGAUAUACAACGACGAGCCCACGACGCCAGGGUUUGAUGCUGAUGAAGCCGGCCCCAGCAACUCGGCCCCUUCGGCGAGCAACGAAGAUCAUCUUUGGCUGUCGGAUGCCAGACGGUUUAAUCGUGACGCAGAUGCUACUCCUCUUUCCCGCUCUGAAGCUGCAUCGAUGGUCGAGGAGAAGGACCUUCGAGUGUUCAAUACGGAACACGCCCUGGAGGUCGAGGGCUAUGGGCCGGAUCACUGGAAAGCAGCUGAGAAACGUGGUCUUGAUACCGGCCGGGACUCGGUCAUCAUUAACGGCCGCGAGGUUCUUGUCCACAACAAUGACAAAUUGCCACCCAUGCCGGCACUCAACCGUCGCACUACGGAUCAGCUCGGCCUGCUCCGUGCCAACCAGCUUCCUACCCUGCCGGCCGUCGAUGACACGGAUAUUGGCGGGCCGCCCGUCUAUCUGGACGUCAAUGGACAACCAUCCAUGGGACCAGCCCAUCCCUUGGCGGCCGACAUUAAGCAAGCCCGACUCGACAAGGACUGCAUGCGUGAUCCCGUGAACUUUUCGUUCAUGGACGAGAUAUGGAAUCGUGUCGCCGAAAAUAACACCAAGCUUUUCCGCCGCGUCUUCCGCUGUAUGCCGGAUUCCGAGGUUCUCACGUGGAAUGAUUACCGCGACUUCACCAGCUACAACGAGAGAUUUGUCAACAGCAUGCAGGGCAAGAAGGCGGGCGAGGAACCCGAGGUUGCCCCCGAGGCUGCGGAGCAGUCGAAUGCUGCAGGUAGCGGCGGAGCCGGCAUUGGUAUCCCUGGCCCAGCCGCGAUUGCGAAGGCGGCAACAGACAAGAUGGAGGAAAAGACGGGUCUUGACAAGGUCAAGGAGCACGUCCAUCCCCCAAAGAUUAUGGUGCCCAGCAACACUACUGGUAACGAAGAGUUCAAUGAAAAGGCCGACCGUGCAGCUCGCCGCGACAAGGUCGAUCAUCAGGGCGUCGCACCAAGGAAUGGCGCGGACCCUGAGAAGUCGAUCCCAUUCGAUGCCCCUUCGCCUAUUCUCCCUGCUGGCGACACACCCUUCCCGGCGUUUGACGGAGCAGAAGAACCUUCAACGUUGCCUACUCGAGAGAAGAGUCGUGAUCGACGCGCGACGUUUCAGCCGACGGAGAAGGAGCCGGCCAGAGACAGAGAUAGGAGCGCGUCCGGUCAGCAGAACCAAGGGUCUGUCCGUCGCCGCAGACGUGCCACUACUAAGGGCAGCCGCCGUGGCGGGACCCCUGAGGACGUCCUCCCGGCCGCGGAGGCAGAGGAGCUGCUCAACCUGAUCCAGGGACAUCUGGUACAGUUCCCUUACGAUUGGCUGGCGACUGAGGAGCAGAACGGCAAUUGGGGCUUCCAGGUGGAUGGCGUUGCGCCUCUGCAAAUUUAG